AUGCGCUCCGCGUCGUUCGGCCUGUCAUCGGCAUCGCGCUCGCUGUCUUCUCAGUCUCUCAAAGAUAGAUUAUCAAAACUAUCUGUUACCCCCAUCAAUCCCGUAGCCGCCCUCACGGCGAACGUAGAGUUUGUCCCAAGAGACAUUCCUCGCGCCCGACGAUUACAGACAACCGUGGUCGCAUUAUGGUCAACAUCAAUAAUACUCUCGACCUUCCUGUUUCUAUUCCUCUGUGCCAUCCCGCCAUUAUGGCCCCUGAUAUUCUGCUAUGUGAUCUGGAUGCUCUACAUCGACUCCGCUCCUGAACAUGGCGGGCGUAUGAGCCCAUGGUUCAGAUCCAUCUCUUUUUGGAAGUACUUCGCCGAGUACUACCCCGCUUCCUUCAAGAAGGAAGCAGACCUUCCAGCCGACCGACCAUACGUCUUUGGCUACCAUCCCCACGGGAUCAUCGGCAUGGGAGCCAUCGCAACAUUCGCCACAGAAGCCACCGGCUUCAGUGAAGCCUACCCAGGCAUCCGACCACAUCUCCUCACGCUCGCCAGCAACUUCAAUAUGCCGUUAUACCGCGACGUCCUGCUAGCGCUCGGCAUAUGCAGCGUCAGCAAACGUGCAUGUCAGAAGAUCCUUGAUAAGGGGCCGGGAGAGGCUAUCACCAUCGUCGUUGGCGGCGCUGCGGAGAGCCUGAGCGCGCAUCCGGGCACAGCGGACUUGACGCUGCGAAAACGGCUGGGGUUCAUUAAGAUCGCGAUCCGACAAGGUGCCGACUUGGUACCUGUCUUCUCCUUCGGCGAGAACGAUAUCUAUGAACAAAUGCCCAACGAGCCGGGAACGCUCGUGUACUCCAUCCAAAAGAAAUUCAAGAACGUCUUCGGAUUCACUUUACCCCUCUUUCAUGGCCGCGGCUUGCUGAACUAUAACUUUGGCUUGAUGCCGUAUCGACGAAGAAUAGUCAGCGUGAUAGGCCGCCCGAUUCACGUCCAGAAGACCGACAAGCCGUCAUUAGAAUACGUCCUUGCCGUGCAACAUGAGUAUAUUGAAGAGCUUAUGAGGAUAUGGGAUACGUACAAAGACGAGUUCGCGCGCACUCGCCGGCGUGAGCUCAGCAUCAUCGAAUGA